AUUUGCUUUUCAUAUUCUCUCUGCGCGCGCUCUCUCUUCUCUCAGGGGAAUUGGUUCAACAUAUUGAGCAGAAAAAUUUGAUGGGAGACAGUGGUUCUGGUUCUUCAUUUUCUCUAAAUCGUUCUGUUCUUGGUGAAAUAAAUUUGUCAGAGGUUUUGGAGCAGCCAAGACAUAUGGCUUUAUCUUAUGUGAAGCAUACAGAGAAGUGGAGAUCUGAUGGAGCAUUGCAGUUGGCUUGUGGUGGUGACCCUUCUAGUUCUUUAAAGGAGAACUCUGCCAGCAUGAACAGUGAGGUGGAUAUAUUUGCUGAUUCUCCAAGGACAGAGAUGCUUGUUGGAAACAUUUCCAAGAAGAAGAAGAAGAAAAAAGGCAAGUCAACAAAAAGUUUGAACGAUAAGACUGUUGAUGGCACAGGACUAAGAAAAUGUGGUUUAGACAGCGCAAUGGCAUCUUGUCAGCCAUCGGGGGAAACCCCAACUAACUACGUGAAAGGCUUGAAGAAUGAUCUCCCAUCUGCAGGUGUCAACCCUCAAUGUGCGCCAUGUAUGUCUGUAGUUUGUAAAGAUCCGAGUGCUCCCAAUGGCAAGAAUCUUCCUGAAUAUCCCAAUGUCAGAAUUCCUGAUCUUACUGGAAAUUAUUUACCUGCUGCUACGUGGAAUCAAAGUAACUCUGGGUCCAACAUCUGCUGUGUGGGUUCAGAAUUCAGCAAGCACGAGCCUGAAGAAGUAAGCAAGAAUUGUUUUCUGGAGAACCAGUCUCCCAGAGUUCUAUCUCAAUGCAAGUCUUGUAAGGCCAAAGAUUGCACUGGUUGCAACCGUGGAGUUACCAAAACCUUUGGCCGGUCUCAGACUGCCUGGAAUCUUCGUGGUAUCACCCCAAUUAAUGAUUUGGCUUCUCAAAGUGAUGUAGUACACAAAACUAACUGUCAUAUCUCUACUUGGAUUGGAAGGGAAAAUAGCCACUUAGGCUGGAAGAAGAAUAAGAUGAAUGCCAAGGGAGCACAAACCUACGUGAAAAAGAGAUCAAAUUUUUAUUAUAUGGAGAGGGAUAUUGGCCUGCUAGAGAAGAAUCUUUGGGUCAAGCGUAAUUCACUUUCAAGUAGAGGAUUGUUACCCAGUCACUUAAAUUUCCCUCCAGGCUACAGCAAUACUGCACAUGGAACGAAAAAGAUGGUAAACAAUGGUGGAGUAAUAGUUGAUUCUUCUCAAUUGGCUACUCAGCAGAGGUUGAAUGGGGGAUUUCAUAAAUAUGUCUCAUGUUCAAGUCAACCGGGUGCCUUAGGAACUGACUGGGAGAGAUCAAAAUCAUAUAAUUUGCUGGUGAGUCCCGUAUCUCAGAAAGUUCCAUUGCCGAAGUAGAUGGUCAGAAAGUUGAAAGUACAAAAGAUUCAGUAAUAUAUGGUGAAAAAACAAAGUUAAAUCCAAGAGUCUUAAUAGGCUCACGUAUGGCUUCAGAAGCUUUAAAGGCUGCUUACCAAUUGCAACUAGCAUCGGAGGGCAUUCACUAUGUAAUGGGCUAUCCACUUGCAGAAUUUGAAAGACUCAUCCAUUCAUUUGCUCCAGUUAUCUCUUCUUCGUGUGUGUAUGAGAAAUGUGCUGUUUGCAUAGAUAAACAGCUGUCUCAUAGUCUCCUCUGCAAGCAUCAGGCUCCAAAUGUAUCACUAGAUGUUGUUUGGAACUGGUAUGAGAAACCUGGGAAUUAUGGUUUGGAAGUCAAGGCAGAAGAUCUUCAGAAUUUGAAUGGCUUGCAUAGUGAUUCCAUAUCCUUUCAUGCUCAUUUUGUCCCUUUCCUUUCAGCCGUUCAGUUGUUUGGCUACCGACAUCUCCCUGAAUAUUCUGAUGAAAGUAGAGAACACACCAACCUCGAAAUGCAGGACAAAGGAGAAGUUGGACCACACUUCUCUUUUCCAAAAACAUUGUUUGCCAAACAUUCAGAAGCUGUUGAGGUUAAUCGCAAUUCGAAUGAGAAUAUGGAACCAGUGCGGAACUUUGACUCAGUUCAGGAACCUGUCAGUUCGUCAAAGGUUUCCCCAUGUAAAGAAAGUGAUAGUUCGAAUUUAGAUUCUUUAUCUGCCUCAUUUGAUACUGAGCUCGUAUUUGAAUUUUUUGAAUCUGACCAGCCACAAUAUCGAAAACCUCUCCACGAGAAAAUUGUAGAGCUUGUUGAUAUUGGAACUUCUAGUCGUCAAAUAUAUGGUGACCCUUCAAAUCUAGAACUUAUGAAUCUUCAAGAACUACAUCCUGCAUCUUGGUUUUCAGUGGCCUGGUAUCCGAUAUAUCGAAUUCCAGAAGGGAACUUCCGUGCAUCAUUUUUGACUUUCCAUUCACUAGGACAUCUGGUCCAGAGACACAUUUUAAGUGAUUCUCUGAAUAAGAACGCAUUCUGCAUUGUCUCCCCUGUGUUAGGAUUGCAAAGCUACAAUACACAGGGUGAAUGCUGGUUUGAUCCCAAAAUCCCUGUUGAAACUACUUUGAAAGAAUCAACACCUUCCAACGGCUCUGAAAUUCUCAAGGAAAGACUCAGAACACUUGAGGAAAAUGCAUUACUUUUUGCUAGAGGUUGUGUUCGCAAAAAUAAUGUGAUGGCAUUCAACCGGCAGCCAGAUUAUGAGUUCUUUAGUUCUCGGAAAAACUGAUGAGCACAUUCUUUUCUGCAUUCCUUUGGUAGAACUGCGUUACUUACACAGCAGAUAGUUUUGUAAAGUGCGGUAGGAAAAAAGGCAAGUUACAUCUGUUAGGGUGGCCUUACUACUGUAUGUUAGUUUUUUGUUGAUAAUUGGAAACUUGAAGUAGUGUUGUUGAAAAGCUGCAGAAGGUUAGUUUCAGUUUUGUAUAGCUAGAUGAUUUGAUGCAGCUGUUGAUUUUCACAUUAGUAGAUAUAUAGUAAUUGUUCUUGUACAGUAUCAGAUAAA